CGGGAAUGUAAUCCAUAUGUGUGCCGUGAGUUCAGCUGCAGGAGAGAGCGAGAGAGGCAGAGAGACAGAAAAAAAAGAGAGAAAGAAAAGACAUUACCCUGAGAUUGUUUCUGCUUUGGGUCUUUUUUUUUUCUUUUUUAUUUCCCCUCCCCUCCUUGAAAAUUCCACUCAUACUAGGCCCCUGCGCUCUGGCAAAGCUUUCACAGUCCACACAGCGAGAGGGAGAGAGAGAGGGAGAGGGAGGGAGAGAGGGAGAGAGAGAGAGAGAGAGAGAGAGAGAGGGAGUUUGCAAGAAGCAGAGCCCAACAGACGGUGGGGACAGAGAACGUAAAAGUGUGCCUGGCCGCUCGCUGGAGAAACAUUUGCAGAGGAUGAGAGAGGGGGAGCCAAACAGGGAGGAGGAAGAAAGGGGAGAAAGAGAAGAAGAAAGAGGAGAAGGAGAAGGAGGAGAAGAAGAAGAAGAAGAAAGAUCAGUGAGUCAAAAUGACCAGAAUGGACCACCUGGACACCCAGUGAUCCAGAGCCAUUUAGAAGAGAGUGUUCGUCUUCAGAAAAGCCUGAGCAGGAGCAGCGCCCCGGACAUGAAUGGCAAGGCGGGCCGGAGAGAGCCGGAGAACGGCACGGCGGGCACCAGCGCCAACGGCAACGGCGGCGCCGGACAGGGCAACGCCAACGGCAACAACAUCGCCAUGAUGACCGAGGCGCAGACGGACGCACAGCCACCGCUCGCACGGGUGUCGCGCCCGUCCAGGAAGGCAGCGACGUUCGGCAAGCGCUCCAACUCCAUGCGCAGGAACCCCAAGGCCGAAGUGGCCAAGCAAGGGUGGCUUCACAAGCAGGCCAGCAGCGGUGUCAAGCAGUGGAACAAACGUUGGUUUGUGCUGACUGAUCGAUGUCUCUUCUAUUAUAAAGACGAGAAAGAGGAAGGGGUGCUGGGGAGUCUGCCUAUGCUCAGCUUCCACAUCGGACCCGUUCAGCCCUCGGACAACGUCAGCCGCAAGUACGCCUUUAAGGUGUGGUAUGAGGACGAGGGGGAGGAGGACGGCACGGAUAGUAAGGGCAGCAUUGCGUUCUGUCUGCAGGUGGAGCACCCGGGCACCAGGACCUACUACUUCAGCGCAGACUGCCAGGAGGAACAGGAAGAGUGGGUGAAGGCAAUGAGCCACGCGGCCAGCGUUCAGGUCUCUCACACGCCAAGCAGGAGUGAUUCUGAACUGACCCAAUCUGAGGAGCAGAACUACAUCCAGUCGCCCAGAGAGCCCGUGCCCGAGACCAAUGGGCAGGCCGUCGCCACCCAAAGACUCAGCCCUUCCCCGGCGGGAGCACGGCGGCACCAGAUGAACGGCGGGCACGGCGCCGACCUGACGACGACACCGACGACGGCGGAGGCCAGAGCGCCCCCUAGCAGGCCCCCGGAGCACGACGUGCGGUCGGCAGGGCCCCACCGGCCUCAGCAGCCCAACGGCUGGGGCAACUACGGGACGCCGGGCAGCCCAGCGUACCCGCCCCAGCAGCAGCAGCAUCAGCAGCAGCAUCAGCAGGAGGGCCAGCGGCCGGAGAGCGUGGUCCUGCGGCGGAGCAUCGCGCCCCGCUCGGCCCCCGAGAAGAUGGCCCAGAGGAAGAGCUCCAUGACCCAGCUGCAGCAGUGGGUCAACCAGCGCCGCGGCAUGCCCACUCCGGAGGACCUGCGCAGCCCGUCCCGGUACUACCCAGGGCAGCGUGGCAUGCCCGAUUUCUACGCUGGGUACGGCGGGCCGCAGUACGUCGAGGAGUACCCGCUGUACCCGCCGGGCAUCCGGCCCGACAGCAUCUGCUCGGCCUCGGCGGCGUACGAGCAGCGCUGGACGGCGGAGGAGAAGCGGCGCUCGCUGCGGGACGGCGCCGCCGCCGCCAUGUUCCGCGAGGCCCAGCAGUGGCACCCCGCCGGCCCCCCCCCGCCGCCCGCCGCCGCCUACUACGGCCACGUGGACCCGCUGCACGGCUCCAUGCGCCGCCUGUCCAUCCAGCCGCGCUCGCGCUCCGUCCCGCGCUCGCCCUCCUCCUCCGUCUCGGGGGGGCCCUACUCGCCGGGGCCGCACCUGUACGCCUCGCCCCUGCGCUCGCCCAGCAUCCACUUCGGAGGAGGGGGGGGCCCCGGCCGGCUCCGGGACGACAUGAUCUACGCCGACCCCUCGGCCUACGGCCUGCGCCGCUCCAUCAGCUCCCCAAAGUAUGACUACCCAGGGGAUCGGCAGUCCAUCAGUCAAGGAAUAUAUCCGUACAACUAUCCAGCAUCACCUGCUCUGCAAAGCAAAAUGGAUGACAUUUUAGACCUGCAGCUUCAGCGCAAUUUGGAAUACCUUGAUCAACAGGUGCCUCCAUUCCAUGAUGUCUACAGAGACCUCCAUCCUACCCUGAAGCUCAAUGAGAUGGAGACCAGUAAACUCUUGGGCCGACUGUGUGAACAGCACCGAGUCAUGAAGGAUCAGGAGGCGGUGGUCCACCGGUUGCGGAUGGAUAAGGAUAACCUGGAGGAGGCGCUGGUGGCCACGCACCAGGAGAUGGAGAUGUACAGGAGUCAGACGCUCAGCUCCGACAAGUUACAGAUGAAGAAGGAGACUCUUCAGAGUCAGCUGAUCAACAUUCGAGGAGAGCUCUCCCAAGCCUCCAGUGCAUUGACAUCCACCAGAGUGGAGUUUGAGGCUCUAGAGGAUGAAGUCAACGCCAUCCACGGGGACCUCUGGGAGCAGCUCAACGCUGGAGGCCAGAGUGAACUGGUGCACAGGCACAUUCAGAAGGAGUUCUGGAGAGUCCAGGAUGUGUUAGAGGGACUGCACAAGAACAACCUCUCUCGUGGAACAGACACUGCUAAGCAUAGAGUGACUAGUGGGGCAUCUGGUUCCUUCAGCACAAAUAGUCCAGCCAGUCCCCUGAGCUCUGUUAGCCUGACUAGCCCCCUCAGCCCCUUCUCCCCUGUCUCUGGCUCCCAGGUGUCCCCCACCAAGCAGACAGGCUCAGAGCAGAGGCACUUAUCUGGAGACAAGACCAGCAGUAAUGAUCAGUACUUGGAGCACACCAGUGUAAACAAAGUAGGCAUAGUACCUCCACUGGCAAGGUCCCCCGGUGAGGAACGGACCAGAAGUUCUGCGCCCAUCCAUCGGCGGAAUGGAAAGGUGUCCAAUGGCCAUAUCUCCAGGGAGCGACCGAAGAGCGCCGUGUUCCCCGCGGAGGUAAAGUCCAAGAUGAGCGUGGAGGAGCAGAACGAGCGCAUCCGGCGGAACCUCAGCAACUCGGUCAGGGACAAGAGGCGCAGUCUGAACCUGUCCGGCUCCCAGCUAGACGGCUCCAAACCCAGCUACAGGGUGGUGAGGCGGAGGUUAACGGCACACGAGGUGGACAUCACAGACCUGGAGGCCGCAGUCCGAGGAGAGGGGGUGGAAACGCCCCGGGAGGAGAUCGCACGCCUGCGCCGACUACAGAUGGAGCCCCAGCACUACGACCUGGACAUCAGCAAAGAGCUGUUAGCACCUGAGAAGAUUUUGAUCCCCGAGCGGUACUUGGAUGCAGAGCCUAGCAUGCCUCUGAGUCCCGAGGAGAUGCGUGAAAAACAGAAGAAAGUGGAGAGGAUCAAGACUCUCAUCGCCAAAUCAAACCUGCAGAACGUGGUUCCCCAGUUGGACGGGCCGGUCGAGAGCCAGCCCAACCCUGACCAGCAGCUGCAGGAGCAGGAGAAGCGCAUCGAGAUCUCCUGCGCGCUGGCCGCCGAGGCCUCGCGCCGCAGCCGCCUGCUGUCCGCCCAGUGUGGCCCCAGCCCCCCCGCCUCCCCAACCAGCCCGGCCCCUCCCCCUUCUGCUGAGUUCUCUGACUCCUCCCACAUCAUGAAAGUGUGAGUCUGUGCAGCGCAAGCCCUGGCUGCUGUGAAAUUUGAUGGAGCCUCAUUCUGACCCUCCAGAGGACCACAGGAUCAAAACAACUUUAUUUAGUCCCCACCCACCCACCCACCCACCCCAAACACUGUCAUUCUCACAAUCAACCUUUCGCAACAGUCGGAGAGGAAAAGGGACCAGAUGUUUUGGAGAAUCGAUGACACGUCCCGUGAGUGGCAUCAACAUGGGUGUGGCUGUCUGAAAGGGGCGGGACUACAGACUUCCCAUAACCUGGGGGCAGCACUUCAGAUCCAUUUCCCCCUCUGUCACGCUUUGCACUUGCACACUUCUCCUCAGUUGGGGCCUUACAGACAUAUCAGCAAACCAUGAUGGCAGGAACUAAUAACCAGUGAUGUUGCUUGACAAGUUGAAACAUUUUGGGUUGCAGCAGUAUCCUAUAUCAAGCUAUAAAACUAGCCAGAGGAGGACAUGUUUACUUUGUUCUACCGCUGUGGAAGUGACUAGCUCACGGCAGAAACUGUGUUCGGUGAUGCGAGGCGAGAGGGGAGCCGCCAAAGUAGAAUGCAGUCGAUAGUCAGGGAGGUCAGACAGAUGGAAUUCAGGUAUGUGCCACUAGAGGGCUCUCCCAGAGAGAGAGAUGAAAGUCAGUCGGACCUGGUAGACAGUGGAGGAUGUCCUCACCGGAGGGAACGUGACCGGUCCGAAAAAAUUAUGGUUUGAGUGGAAGGUGACACACGUAGCAGUAAGUGUCCAUUUAGUUGGUGAAGCUGCCCUUUCAGUUUCAAAACCCCAAGCUAGGUACAAUGCAGUAUGCUGAGGUUCCUGGGGGCUAAUAGGGUAGAGGCAUACAGGAAAUGGCUCCUUGAUUCUAUUGGCCCAGUCUGGACAGUGACAUUAUUGCACAGAACUUUCCAUAGUACCCAACACAUUACCAGGAGGGCUUCUCUGUCCAGCAAUGGCAUUGGCAUCAAAUUUUUGACCAGUUGCUCAAGAAGAGAGUAGCUGAAGACUGUAGCUGAAAGCCAGGCACACUGUGACUCCUCUGUCCACGGGUCACCCAUCAACAUAGGGCUCUCCUGUGGUCAAGCAUCUCAAACUCUGAUAGCACUUCAGCGUCCCAGCUGUCUGUUGGAAGUUAGCAUAUCUAAUUAAAGAUAAAUACUGAUGUAAAUAUUAGCCACACCUUCACAUCAAAGCCAUGUGGACUACACUUAGUGCUUAGGUGGUACCUAAAUACUAAUUGUUUUGGUGAACUAUUCAACUAUUCUUCUAUGUUUCAAGAGAAUAGAGGUUGAUGAAAAAAAAAGAAGUGACCUUAGAAAUGUCUGCUAGUGCAAAUAUGUGUCUAAGAUGGGCCAGCAACUUGAGCAGCAGAGAUGGUAAUGACAAGUGAUUUUGACAAUUUUGAUAAGGAUCACAUUGACUAAACAUGAUAUGGGGCUGAAUCACUGAAGGCUGAAGCAUACAUCACUGUGCCAUUUCUGGAUGGAACUGUGCUUGGGCAAGUCAGUUUUUUUUUUUUUUUUUUUUGAAACAUGGAUCCUGUUUGUUACGAAUAUUACUAUUGUAACUAUUUUUCUAUGUCUGCGAACACCUUUUGAUGUGUAAUCAGCCAACAUAGUCUUGACCAUUCUGAAAAGCUGUCUGCCCCCUUUUGUGUCUUUCUACCUGAUUUGUUUACAAAGAUGUUGUCCUUAUUUCAUCUCUGAGUCUCCAUAUCAUGUCCCAAAGCAUUGCCACAUUGCCCCCAAAGCAAGCCCUGCCAUACAAGUUGUUGACCUAUCAACCACUGUUGUGUAUGUAGAUGAAGGUUCCAUUCGUUGUGUGGUUCUCCACCUGUGUUUUCUAAAGCGAGGUCUCAAAGUGAGUUUUCAGUGCAUAGAUCUAGUUGGCAGGUACUCAGAGAGACAUUGUCUUUCUUUCUGUCAUUCUUUCUCUCAGUAUCAUAUUCAUAUAAUAAAUUAAACUACUUACAGGAAGCUGUGCUGACUGUAUCAAAAUGUCACAUUUGACCGCAGGAAGAGAACAUUUGUACGCAACAGUCAGUUUUAUUGAUCCCACAAAAGAUAUGCAGGCAGAAGGGACUCUAAGCUAUAUUUUUAUUCUUUUUGAGAAGGUGAAAAAACAGAGGUCAAGAAGAUGCAGUAAAUAUUUUUUUAAACAUGGGAAUUUGAUUAACAAAGUAACAGGUCAGUGAGAUAAAAAAAGAAAAAAAAGAAAAA